AUGCGUGAAAGCUCUAUCGCUGAACGUCGUGUUGCGGCAGGAGAAGGAGAAGCGGAAGGGGAAGGGGAAGGGAACGAAGGGAAAAGAGGAGGACGAGGAAGGGGAGGAGUAGGAGAAGCAGGGGGAGGAGGAGUGGUUGGAGGGUCAGGUGGUAGUGACGUCACGGGCAGCUACGUAAUUCCGACGGCUACUGCAUACGCCACCGACCAGGCCUCGGGAUCCGCCCGCUCAACAGCGCGUUCGUCCGCCGCCGCUCCUUCCGCUCCUUCCGCCCCUUCCGUCCUUUCCGCUUCUUCCGGCCCUUCCGCUCUUUCCGCUCCUUCCGCUUCUUCCACCAUACUGGAAGCCAUGGCUGCGCUCGCAGUCUCCCCCUUCGCGGCUUCCGCAUCUGCUGCGCAUUCUCCACUUCCUUCCAACGCCUCUUACCGUCCCGCCUCGUCCUCCCGCUCUCCGUUCACAUCGGGACGGGCUCUGCUCCGAACCACCUCGGCCGAGCCUGCCGUUCUGGCUUGGAGCCACGGCUGGCCGCCCUCGACUAGGUCCGGCAGCAGCCGCCCAUCCGCAGUUCAACCGAAGCAAACCGAGCAGGUGUACGUGGACCAGGAAGGUCUGGGGCAGGCGAGAGGAAGGGAGAGAGAGGGGGGAAAGGAGGUGUUGAAGGGUCAGGAGGUAGAGGAGGAGGAGGAGGAGGAGGAGGAGGAGGAGGAGGAGGAGGAGGAGGAGGAGGAGGAGGAGGAGGAGGAGGAGGAGGAGGAGGAGGAGGAGGAGAAGAAGAAUCCGACGAACGAGUGUGGGGAUGAGGGUGGCAGCACCCACGGAGGGAGGAGUGCUGCUGCUGGUGAGGAGAAGGGUGGUAGUGGCAGUGGCGACAGCAGUAGCAUUGUUAUUGGGAAAGAGGAAUACGACGGUGAAAGCACAGUGGAUGGGAACCCAGGGGAGCGUAUCAAUAUGAGCGAGGGUGGGGAGUGUGAGGGUGGAGAGUGGCAGGAGGCCAAGAGCAAGGGUAACAUGGAGAGCAGGGCAGCACAGCAGGGCACUAGAGAAGCGUCAGUGCUGCACACGCCACUUGCAGAUCAGUCGGAUAAGUCAAGAACACCAGUUUUUAAGCCAGGUGACGCCACAGCUGACGUGGCAGCUGAUGUGGCAGCUGAUGUGGCAGCUGACGUGGACCAGUCUGCAGCCAGUGCCGCCCGCCCGUGCGAGCGUUUCGCCCAUGGGGAAGAAGCGUCUUGUGAUGCAGAGCAACCAGCAGAGUGUUCCUCACAACCGGCAGAGUAUUCCUUUCAAGGCCUUGCUGCUGUUGAGGCCACUAAAUUUCCUCUGAGCCUUACUCUUUCACUCACCACAAUUCCUCCUAGUUCUUCUCCUUCUGCCACUGCAACUUCUGCUGCUGCUGCUGCUGCUCCUUCUGCUGCUGCUGCUGCUGCUGCUGCUGCUCCUUCUGCUGCUGCUGCUGCUGCUGCUGCUGCUGCUGCUGCUGCUGCUGCUGCUGCUGCUGCUGCUGCUGCUGCUCCUUCUGCUGCUGCUGCUGGUGAUGCUCCUGCUGCUGCAGCUUCAAUUCUGCCUCUUUCUCCGCCGCAUAAUUGCCCCCCUGCCCUACCUCGUCCCCCUCCCUCUGGUUCCCCUCCUCAGCCUUCCGUUUCUCCCCCACAUCCUCUAAGGACUGGAGGGGCUAAUGUGGAGUCAGGCGGUGGUGAUGGUGCUGCUGCUGCGGGAAUAGGGGUAGGGAGAGGAGAAGGUGAAAUGGAGGGAGAUGUGGCAGCAGGGGCAGAAGUGGCGGUAGCAGCAGCAGCUUCAGCAGCAGGAGCAGGAGGAGGGACAAGAGGAGGUUUGUCCACAUCGACUGCAGCAGGGGAAGAAGCAAGUGGAGAGGCAGGGAAGGGAGUGGAGGAGGAGGAGGAGGAGGAAGAGGAAGAGGAUUUUCUUCCUUCCCUGUGGUCAGCACCUGCACAGGCAUGGGGAGGGGGACUUGGGGGACAGGGGGUGCAGGGGCAACACGGGCAACAGGGGGAACAAGGGGGGCAGAGGGGACAGGAGGGGCAAGGGGUGCCGGGGGAACCAGGGGGGCCAGGGGGGCAAGGGGGGCUUGGGGGGCAAGGGGGGCUUGGGGGACAAGGGGGGCAAGGGGGACAAGGGGGACAAUCUGGGCGGAGGCACAAGGCAUCAGUUUUGAGCCUGGGUAUAGCAGCAGGGCUUCAGGCACUGGGGUUUAGAGGGCUUGAUGAGGAGGGAGAGGGAGUGGAAGAGGAGGGUGGGGAGAGUGGAGUAGAAGAGAUGCAGGAGAGGGGUGGGGUGAGGAGAGGCAGGGAGCAAGGGGGGUCUAGCUGGAGAAAGCUGGUGCCUGGUGCUGCUGCUGCUGCCGCCGCCGCUGCUGCUGCCGCUGCUGCUGCUGGUGCUGCUGCAGCCGCUGCUGGUGGUGGGAAGGGUGCUGGAAAUGCCCUGGAGUGUGACGAAACCAGCAGCGGAAACUUCGAGCUGCACCGGUCCAAAGCGGUGGAGGACGGUGCAGAGCCGUGGGGCGGAGGUGGAGAGGGAGAGGGGGAGGGAGUGGGGGAGGAGGGUGGAGGCGGGGUGGAGAAUGGGGGACAAGCUCCAGGGUUUCAAGAUAUGUUAGUGUUGAAUGAUAUUGGUAGGAGCAGCGAUGGGACUCCUGUCAUGUCUACGUCAUCCUCGCUGGUUAUCGGGGGGGCUGCAGAGGGUGGGGACAGGGGGGAGGGUGCGGGGUGUGUGGGGAGCGCGGAAGGGGCUUCAUGGCAUGGAACGGUUUUUGAGGGGGAUUCUUUGAAAUUGCCUGUGGCGACAGGGAUGAGUGGGGAAGAGGAUGGUGGGGUGUUGGUAGAGGAGCGAGGGGAGGGAGGAGAGGAGGUGAUGUUUGGAGGAGGGGGGGUCGAAUCAGGGUGUGUGACUGGGGUAGAGCAUGGGAUGACCGUGGGAGAGGUGGAGCAGUCAGCAAGAUCUGGUUCUGCUGUGGGUGUGGUAACUGGGGGGGUUGGUGCAGGGGAAGGAGCAGGGGGAGCAGCGUGGGUAGGAGUGGGUCUCUUUGUGAUGGUGGACGAGGGAGACGAAGGGUUGGAAGGGGUUGGGAGCGGUGGGGAGGGAUUGGAGUGGAACUGUGGGGCGUCUAGUGUGUUGUGUGCCAUGGGAAGCAUGUCUGAGCCUGAUGCUGCUCUGCAUGAAUUCGGGCUCAUGCAGGACAUGGGUGAGCAAGACAUGGGGCAGGACAUGGGGCAAGACAUGGGGCAAGACAUGGGGCAAGACAUGGGGCAAGAUGUGGCAUGUGAUGUGGUGAAUGACAUGCCACAGGAGGUGGUAGAUGGCAUUGCGCAUGGUAUGGUGGAUGGGAUAAACGGAAUGGCACAUGGCCUGGAGGAUGCAGCAACAAGGGACCAUACAGCCUCCGCACCUACUGGUACUUGUGUUGAGAGCCAUGGCCUUAUGGGAAACCAUGGUCAUACCCACAACACUCGUGCUGAGCUUGAGAAUCAUGGUCUUAUGGUGGACCAUGGUCAUACCCCUCCACACAGCCUCACCCACACUAGUUAUGCAGUGUGCCAUGUGGAGGACAGAUGA